CUAUACAACUGGACGAGUCAACUUUACCUGAUAAUGCAGCAUUAUUAUUGGCAUAUGUUCGUUUUAUUAUGAAUCAAGAAAUCUACGAAGAACUGCUCUUCGCAAGAACUUUGAUAACCGACACUAAAGAUCAUUUGAGAAGAUGCCACCAUGAUAAAACAGAGAAAGAUUUGAAAUACUUUCAAACACUCAAAGAUAAAUUUCAGAAGAGACCUACACUGGACAGAAUGUUCGCUUCGACGUCACAAAGAAAUGAUGAUGAUUUGCGGGCGUCUUACAAUAUCUCGUUACUUAUAGCAAAAUCCGGAAAACCACAUACUAUCGGAGAGAAGUUAAUUUUGCCAGCCGUUGAAGAGGUUUUAAAAACUGUUUUACACAAACCUGCAUCUGAUAUCAUUAAAAGAAUUCCCUUAAGCAACAAUACUGUUGAAAGACGUAUUGAUGAAAUGAGUUCUGAUAUUGAAAGCUUCUUAUGUAAUUAUUUGCAAACGACCCAUUUCUCUAUAAAACUGGACGAGUCAACUUUACCUGAUAAUGCAACAUUAUUAUUGGCAUAUGUUCGCUUUAUUAUGAAUCAAGAAAUCUACGAAGAACUGCUCUUCGCAAGAACUUUGAUAACCGACACUAAAGGUGAAUCAAUAUUUCAUGUUUUGAAGGAUUACUUCAUUGAAAAAGCAAUUCCUUUAUCAAAUAUAAUAUCAGUAGCUACAGAUGGAGCACCUGCCAUGACUAUUUUAGAAUUUCUGGAUACUAAAGAUAAAAUGUUAAAAGAAAAUUUAAUGAAGAUGAAAACAGACAUCGCCUAUUUAACAGAUUUGUUUACAAAAUUCAAUAUGGUUAAUUUGCAAUUACAAGGCGACAGUUUAAAUUUGAUUAAAACAAAGUCCAUCUUAUCAGCGUUUCUUGCCAGAGUUAAACUAAUGAAGCAAAAUAUUGGACGGGGCGAAUUUUCCCAGUUCCUCAAUUUGUCACAGACAAGCUGCCAGGAAGACGACGUUUCAACUUACGUUCAACAUUUAAAUGCCCUCUAUUCAGAUUUUGAAUCUAGGUUUGAGGAUAUUUUGACUAUAGUAAUACCACCGUGGAUAAUUAAUCCAUAUGGUGACAUUGAAGAAACGAAUGUCAUAAUACAAGAUUAA